UCGAGACCCUCAGUUAUCGGAGCUCUCCCUCACUCUCUCACUCAUAAAUGGCGCUCAGAAAAGCGCUAGCCAAGCGUUCACUCGACGCCGUCAGAGUGACGUCACUGACACCAUUCUCCGUGGUCGUUCUAGGGCACCAAACCAUUGUUCCACCUAAUGCAGCCCAGGCAAACUUUCACAGGGAGUAUCUCACCUCAUCGGAGCCCGCCGAGAAAGGCUUUUUCCGGCGAUUCUUCCACCACUCAGCCACCAGGAUCCCGGAGUUCCUCUCCCUGCCUGUCGGAGAGAAGCUCCGUGAAAAGAUCAAAGGUGUGAACAGGAACGGAGAUCGGCUCCGGCUCGCCGGACUCAGCCCUCCGCCGCCGGAUCCGGCCACCGCUGACGAGUCGUUUUACGGAAUCUCCGUCAGCGAUGUGCGGAAGAUUAUGAGGCUGUCGCAGGUGGAGAAGCUGAAGGCGAAGCUGAGAGAGGUUCCGGAGAGCUCCGUUUCGUAUUCGGAGUUCCGCCGGAUCUGCGUGGAAGGUUGCGAGAGCGAAGAACAAGCAGCUGAGUUUGCGAAGCUUCUCGAUGAGUCCGGCAACGUCAUCGUUCUCGGAAAUGUUGUGUUUCUCCGGCCCGAGCAGGUUGCAAAAUCAAUGGAGAGCAUAAUUUCUCAAACCAUGGGCCUGCCAAACGAUCCAAGGAGGAGAGAACUGGACCAGCUAGAGAAGCAAAAGAAGGUAAUAGACCAAAGGGCCAGGGCCUUGGUGCAAGGUGAACUCUACGGUGGGCUGGGUUUUAUACUACUCCAGACACUUGGUGCCAUAAGGCUCACCUUUUGGGAGCUAAGUUGGGAUGUGAUGGAGCCCAUUUGCUUCUUUGUGACCUCCAUCUACUUUGCUCUGGGCUACGGCUUUUUCCUCAGGACAUCCACAGAGCCCACUUUCCAAGGGUUCUUCCAACGCCGUUUUAAGACCAAGCAGCAACGGCUCAUGGAGAUCUAUAACUUUGAUGUUCGAAAGUACAACCAGCUCCGGAAAGUGUUUUAUCCGAAUUCCGAUCAACUGGCGUCUUUAGAUUAUGUAGAAACAACCCUUGUUGGUGCUUUACAUCGAUGAUGAGUGGUGUUUAUGUCCUAGAAGACUCUAGCUAAUUAGUUAAUAAUCUUUAGCACAUACAAGAAAGUAGAAGAGAAUCUUGGUUGCAAUAUUGGUCGUUUAUCAAAAGACAACCAGUUGUUUCGUUUGCAAAUCUCUUAUCUCCAUGAUGCUAGUACGAAUUGAACAUAUGACAUGCACGGUAUUUGUUAUACACAUCAAAUGGAAAGGUUUGAAGCCCUUACGA